AGGUAUUUUCCCUGUUUUUAAAUGGUCUGAUAGAACUGUUUAUGCGUUUCUUUUUCAAAUAUGGUUGAAGUAAAACAGCGGAGUUGAAGAACUGUCGACUUCAGUUACUCGCCGACGAGUUAUACUGCGGCAGAGCGGUUAAUGUGUAGCAUGUAGGUUUGGCAUCACGAUCAGCCUGGCCAGCAGCAUUCACCACGGCAGGGGAAAUCAGACCCAUCGUGUGCAGGGUGGUUAUCUACCUACAGAGGGACAUGUCAGGAGAGAGCUGCCUGCACCAGCUUCAGCCACACACCGGGCCCAUCCUGCCAGUCUCUUCAGUGGGCUGCCCCAAGACUAACACCUGCACCUACCGUGGUGUGACCGGAAAUAAGUACGUUCAGCUCAAUGUUGGUGGAAAUCUGUACUACUCCACACUGCAGGUGCUCACUAGACAGGACACCCUGCUGAGAUCCAUGUUCAGCGGCAAGAUGGAGGUGCUCACAGAUAAGGAAGGUUGGAUCCUAAUAGAUCGCUGUGGGAAACACUUUGGCUCCAUUCUCAGCUAUCUCCGUGAUGGAUUUGUGAAUUUGCCAAAAAGCAGACAGAGCAUCAUGGAGCUCCUAGCAGAGGCCAAGUAUUACCAGAUUCAGGGCUUGAUAGACUUGUGCCAGAAGGAGCUACAGGACAAUAAGGAAAAGGCUCUGUGUGUAAUCCCGGUCAUAACAUCUCCUAAAGAGGAGGAGAGACUGAUACAAGCAUGUGUGAGGCCUGUUGUAAAGCUUCUAUACAAUCGAGGAAAUAACAAAUAUUCCUAUACAAGCAACUCUGAUGACAACCUGCUCAAGAAUAUCGAGCUGUUUGAGAAGCUGUCUCUGAGCUACAGCGGUCGUGUGCUCUUCAUUAAAGAUGUAAUUGGAGAUGAAAUUUGCUGCUGGUCUUUUUACGGACAGCACCGCAAACUUGCUGAGGUCUGCUGCACAUCCAUCGUUUAUGCUACUGAGAAGAAGCAAACAAAGGUUGAGUUUCCAGAAGCACGAAUCUACGAGGAGACGCUAAACGCCUUGCUCUAUGAGACUCUCCCCAUCCCAGAUUACUCUCUGCUAGAAGCCACCCGCAGACGCACCAAUUGCUGCUCCCACAGUGAAGAGGAGGAGGCCGUGGAGCUGAGAGAGCGUGUGCGCCGCAUCCACAUUAAACGAUACAGCACAUAUGACGACAGACCACUUGGACAUUAGCCCAACUGUGAGGCUUCCAAGACACUUUAUAAAUAUAUCCUUUUAACCAGUGCCUCUUUUGUAGAUCUGUGGAGAACACUAGAUCUCAAGCACAGUUUAACCACUCUUUAACUUCACUACCGGAACAGAUUACAGCUUUUUUUAUUUAUCUCUUUUUCCUUUUUUUAUAUCGUAGGGAGCUUGACAAUCAAAGCUUUUGAUGAAAUGCUGCUUGAACUUUGCGUGAACAUAACAAAACAAGGAUGAUCAUGAAUUCGCAUCAGUUCCUAAAUUUUAACUUAUUUACCUCAUUUUUUGUUAUUUUAGGAGAAAAGUUUGUUAUUAAAUUGUGAUUACUAAUCUAAUCAGAGAAUGUUUUGCCAGGAUGAGUCUGCCAAGUACAUCAGUUGAGUUCUACUAACCAUACAGGAUCAUAUACUACAUUUCAAUCUUGCAUUAUGCCUAUAUUAAUCAUCCUUACUGUGAUUUUAAGAUGAUUAGUGUGUAUAUUAUAUGGUAUUGGGUGUGUUACAUUUGGGGAAAUAAUUGCAGUGUAUGAUUUUAAGAGUGUGACAAUGUGAUGCCCUCAGAAUGUGUUUUUGAAUGAAUGACUGAACGAGA